AUGGAGAGCUCAACAGCAACCGUGAUCAUGUCCUCCACCACUGUUUCUCCUUCAACGUUGUCAAUGCAAGGCAAUGAACGGAGCAGCUCUCAACAAUCCAGAUCGAGCAUGUCCCCAGCAAGAAGCCAACCACCAAGUUCCUCUCAAAGAGCACGCAACAAGGGACCAUCUUUCAGAAAACCUCAAGCAGUAGUGACAAUCAACGUCGGUGAAGCAGAUGAUCUCGAGUCCUUCGUAAUCCAUCAGCAUCUCCUAACACACUACUCUUCAUACUUCGCAACCGCCUUCUCACCACCUCACACCGAAGCCGAGACCAAGAUCAUGACACUCCCCAUCAUCUGUCCCGACACAUUCGGCCUCGUCACCCAUUGGCUCUACACCCAACAACUCGAUCUGAUUCCGCAAGAACAAGCCAGCAACGUCCUUCCUCUCGCUAAACUCUGGUGUCUAGCAGCUAAGUUCCGCAUCGCGAAACUCCAGAACAAAGUCAUGUCCUGGCUACAGCCACUCACCGAAGGUCUUCAAGGCGACUCAUUGAAGGAAUUUCUUUGUUUUGUGUAUGAAAAUGAGGAAGGGGAGAGUUUGGAGAGGGGGGUGUUGAAGAAGUUGGCGAUUGAUAGGAUGGCGUGGGGGACGUCAGCUAAGGCUUUAGGGGUGUGGAUUCAGGGUGGGUUUUUGCCGGGGGAGAUGGUGGUUGAUGUUUUGAUGGCGUUGAAGGGGGAUAAGGAGGGUGCAAGACUUGGGGCGUGGGAGUAUUUUGUUUCGUUGGACGGGGAUGGGGUGGCGAAGGUAGAAGAUGUGUAG